GUAAACGUCACUUCGAGAUAGGGUCCUCUCCUCUAAAAUGUACUGGCUUUUGCGGGGCGGCGUGACAGGGAUCAUUAGUGCCGUCGCGGCUGUUGGCUUACCUUCGGUGCAUGGGAUGCUUUCUCUUUCUCGCAUCCUGUGCGCUGUGUCUCGCUCUUCCUGCGCUCAACCGUCUUCUUGGGCGUGUCUCCUGCACAGUAACAACAGAUCUGCGGCCGCGAUUGUUGCUCUUCUCUGUCAGUUUCGACUUCGAAUCUACAUUCUUCGCUCUCACUGCAUUCCUGGACAUUUGCUGCCUUGCUAGAUGAGCCAAACUGGCUUGCCACACCAUGGACGCUCGCCAGCCUGCGCCGCCGUCCACGCGCCCGCCGGACCGCCAUCUGAUCCAUAAUCCAAACCACCAGCCGCCGACCGCACACGCCUAUCCUGGCUAUCCUCCGUCGACACAACCGCAGCAGCCGCAGCAACCACAGCAGCCGCUGCACGUACCCUUCGCGACCUCGACCGAUCCGUACGCGACGUCUCGACGCGAUCCUUUUCUCCCGCAAGCCUCGCAUCACGCACGGCAGCGCAGUCAUGGAGCACCAGAGGGCGCGUCGCAAGCACAUACUGAGAGAAAUGGCGGCUGGGGAAACACAGUGCGCAAUCACGGGAGCUUGUCCUAUGGAGCUCAUAGCAUGCAUCCUCAAUCUGGUCCUCCAUCGCAGCCAUCUAUGAGUGCGUCAGGUCCUCCGUCAGGCCCGUCGCCGUAUGCCUUUGACGCGGCGCGCAGACGUUCGUUGAACGCUCCCUCCCACGAGCCUCCAUCCUUUGCACGACCCCAAAUGCCGCCGCCGUCGUCGCCUCCACAGCAGCAGACGCAUCCAUCGCAAUCGCAACGACCCCCGUACGCGUCAAAUUUCGGUGCUAGCAGAGAGCUGCCUGGACUCGGUCAGGCGCAUCGGCCGGGCAGCAGCAUGUCCAUCUCAUCCCUCAUCGGUGGAGGUGAUGCAGGUGCUUCCGCCCAGGCGUCACAGUCACAGACGUCACCUCCCACGAACGCCUCGCUGCCCAACAACCAUAGCAUGCAGCCACCUUCGCCCAGACGCGCUUUCCCAUCUGGAGCACGAUCAGACUUUGCUCCUUUCCGUCGACAACCAUCCCCUGACAGGUCAAUGCAUGGUAGCAACGCCUCAAGAGCAUCUGAGGGGCAUAAUUUCUCCGCUGGCUCACCACCGACCCGGCCGUACAGCAACCAUGGCUCGCCCAACCUAGGCCAGCAGUCCCUCCCACCUUCGCACCAAGCCUACAAACCCUCAGUGUUUCCGUCGCAAGGUCUCUUCGGACCUUCGCCAAAUGACCCUCUAGCUCGAGAUGCCCGUCAACCCCCGGGCAGCGUUCCACCCCGCCCCAAUAGCCAGCCAAAUGGGCCUGCAGGUCCAGCCGGACGAGAGGGAGCGUCGCUCUACGAUGCAUUGAGAGGGCGUCGUAGUGCUUACGGGCCACCUGAGGAGCGACGCCGAACACUGGGGGAGCAGUCGAGACCUGAUGCAGCAGAACUUCUGCGAGGAAUUGGUCAAGGUGUGACAGACAGGAACCGACCUGUUACCGUACACCCUGUCUCGCAAUCCGCCUUCGAUCCACCGCGGGAACAGCAUGGUGCUACUGCUUCGAAUGAGCCCUCGCGCAGUCUCUGGCAACCAUCGGCGCCCAGCGAGCCUUCCCGUGAACCUGCUGAGACUCAUCGAGAGGAACCGUCAGCACUUUAUCGCAGUUACGGUACCUACCCACCUCCUGUACCGGGUCCUCCACGUUACGGACCCCCAACGUUGAGCGAGAUGGCGCCACGACGGAGCUUGGAUCAAUUGAACAAUCGCGUAGUCGAGCAGUACCAUGCGCCGCCUACCUCAGAUCCCAACUCCAAGGAACGCCAUCAAACAGAGCCACUCACCCGCUCCUUCUCUUCAGGCGGAAGCUCGUACCCAGGAAGAUCUAUGUACGGAAUGGGCGAGCCAAUGCAGCAUUCGAAGUCGCAUAUCGGUUUGGGGCUGGAGGAGAGCAGGAGGACAGGCCGCGCCUCUCCGUUGCCACAAGCUGUGCAGGGUGCACAGGCACCGCCUUUCAUGACGGGCAAAGAUCCUGGUAUCAAGAGCGAAUUCGGGCGCAUGUUCUCCGGUCUCGGCGGUCUGGGAUCGUCGACACCAUUGCGCGGAAGCCCAUUGCCUCAGAACGGCCAAGAUGGACAAGAGCUUGGCGAGAUGAUGAGGAGGAUCAGCUCACAGCAGGGUAGGAAGCCAAAGAGAGUAAAGGAUGAAAGCAAUGUCUUCGACGAUGACAGCAAUGAUGGAAGAGGAACCCCGACAGGCGUUCGAGGUACUAAACGCAACAAGCACGCUCAUCCUCUUGGCCACCACCAUCAUCAUGCGCCACAUCACCAUCAUCACCAUCACCAUCACCACCACAAUGACGACUUAGCCUCAACCGCAUCGGCGACCGUAAGUGGACGGCAGUCAAGCCUGCCUCAAAGUGGUCCAGCGCAGCCUGUGCACCACCAUCACCAUGUUCAAGGCACACCACACCAUCAUCAUCACCACCACACACCUCGUGUAGCACCUCUAACAGCAAAGUUACCUCCGAAGGUUCACGACGUCCAGCCUGUUCUCGAGGAAGCCGCCAAACUUCCCCGCAGACAUCUUGGAUCCCACGUAUACGAAGCCACUACUGACCUACCAAGACCAAACUCAUCGUUGGAUGAUCAAUUUGGAUACGCAUCCAAGCCCAAUCGGCUGCCUAGGUUCGAAAUAAACCCCAUCAACUGCACCUUUACCAUCAGAGUGCCGCGAUUCUAUCUGAGACCUCGACAGAGGCAACAUAUCGUCCUGGAACGGCAUCUAUGGGGUGCGCGUGUCUAUCGCGAUGACUCGGAUCCAAUCGCGGCUGCAAUACACUCUGGCUGGAUCCGAGGAGAAUGGGACGAUACUGUUGAUGUCAGCAUGCUCGACCCACGCAUCACAGCGCCCAACGACCCGAGUGAUGCCGAGGACACACUCAACAAGGUCCCUGCGGCUCCGGUAACGCCUCCUGCGGACAUGGAUCUUCAAAUCGAGAUCCUCAUAUUACCGCAACUGCAGGAGUACACCUGCUCUGUAGAGUACGGCAUCUCAAGCCGGCAGAGCAGAGGACAUGAUGGCUUGAGCUUCAUGAUCAAUAAGAUCAGAUGGGUCGAGGAAGGUAUCGGCAGCCGUGGGCAAGAGCGAACAGCAGCGGCGCUGAAGCGUAGACUUGACGCAAGCGCAACUCUUCUGGCUCUCAUGAACGGCGGGGACGAUCUACACCGUGUCAACGGCAUGGCGAAGCUGCACGCCUAAUCACGUUUUUCCAAGUUUGUAACGGCCAUUUUUUUUUUCUUUUGGAUAUAUUGCAUUAAGUAGCGUCCGUUUCUCAGCAUCGUAAGAUUGUAUCAUUAGGACGUCCGUUUGAGCAUUGCUAUAUACCCGUAGUUUUAUGGCCCUGCCUUUAGCGCAAGGCGCGCAUAUGUAUGGAUAUCUGGUAGAAGCUAUAUGAGCAAUCUAAUGUUUGACUUUGUACAC